AUGGUGGGUCAGGCCAGCCUGGGACCUGGCCUCCAGACAGGAUGGAGGGUUGUGAAAGAAAGGAAACCAGCUGUAAAGAUCCGGGAAGGAACACUGGAGCAGCUGGUGCAGACCCAACUGAUUGCAUUCAGGGACGAUAAGCUUGCCUACACCAGCAUCUUCCUGUCCACAUACCGCACCUUCGCCAGCACGCACACCGUGCUGCAGCUGCUAGACAAGUACGACUGGUUCUGGGCUGGGGGCCCAUGGUGGCUAGAGUGUAUAGCAGGAGCUGACAACAGCUGGUCCUGGUGGGACCUAUUGUUCAAGAAGGUGAUUCCUCACCACUGCCUGGGCUCCAUCUGGUCCCAGAGGGAUAAGAAACAGAACAAGCACAGUGGUGCCACCAUCACCCAGUUCAACGCUGUGGCAGUGUGUGUGGUUAGCACCAUACUGCACCGACAACAGAUCCGCCCGCUCCUCAGGGCACGGGUCAUCAAGCGCUGGAUAGACAUCGCUCAGGAGUGUCGCAUGCUUAAGAACUUCUCCUCGCUCCGUGCCAUUGUGUCUGCACUGCAGUCCAACCCACUCUACAGACUGAAGAGGGCCUGGUCCUGGGUGCCCAAAGACAGCAUGUCUUCAUUGGGGGAGCUAUCAGACAUCUUACAUCACAAACUCUACCUGACCAGCGAAGAGCUGCUGAGGGAGGGCACCUCUAAGUUUGCCAAUCAGGUAGGCUGUGCUAAGGAGCACCAGAAACACACUCACAAACGAUUCCAGAGGAAAUUAGAAAUGGGUGCCAUGCAGGGGACGAUACCUUACCUGGGCACCUUCCUGACAGACCUGACCAUGUUAGAUACGGCCCGGUCAGACCUAGUAGAGGGGGGGCUAAUCAACUUUGAGAAGAUGCGAAGGGAGUUUGAGGUGAUAGCUCGGAUCAAGCUGCUGCAGUCUGCGUGUAACAGCUACUGUCUUAGUGCUGAUGAUGCCUUCCUGCGCUGGUUCAAGGGCCAGCCUCAACACCGAGAGGAGGAGAGCCAUGCCAUGUCUUGUGACAUUGAAGGAGUGGGAGACAGAAGUAAGACUUUGUGCAAACUUUGCAAGGGCAUUGUCAAGAGACUUAGCCAGCAGUCGCACACAAGACGGUUGCUCUCCCUAACGCCCAUGUCCCCCUCCUCUCCCUUGCCUCCUGCCUACAACACCCAGGCUCAGGACGCCUGCAUCAUCAGAGUCAGCCUGGAGCAGGGCAACGGCAACCUCUACAAGAGCAUCAUGUUGACGAGUCAGGAUAAGACUCCAGCAGUGAUCUCUAGAGCCGUGGCCAAACACAACCUGGAGACUGAGCCUGGGGAGGGAUACGAGCUGGUGCAGGUCAUCUCUGACGAAAGGGAACUGGUGAUUCCAGACACCGCUAAUAUGUUUUACGCCAUGAACACCUCUGCAAACUUUGACUUCCUGCUGCGUGUGCGAGGCACGGCGGGGUGGCCUGUCCAGCUGAGGAGUUGCUAUGCCUCCACACUCCCCUGCACCCAGCAGCGUGCCAGCCUACGCCUCAGCAAGGCAGCGGGGGACCGGCUGCCACCCGGCCACACGGUGAGUCAGCUAGAAACCUGGAAGAUCCGUGCUGGAACUCUGGAGCGGCUGGUAGAGACCCUGCUAACGGGGUUCCGGGGCAAUGACCUCACCUACACCAGCAUCUUCCUGUCCACAUACCGCACCUUCGCCAGCACACACACCGUGCUGCAGUUACUGCUAGACAAGUAUGGAAUUCCAGAGGAUAGUGAAGGACAGACUGAGCAAUGUAGAACCUCUGAAACCAAAGGAGCCGUUCGAAUUGCCCUUGCCUCCAUCUUGAGAGCCUGGAUGGGCCAGUAUCGAGAGGACUUCCAGGAGCCUCCAUCCUACCCCUGCCUUCACAGGGUGAUGGCCUACCUACAGAGGGCCCUGCCUGGAUCGGAGCCCAUGCGUAAAGCCCAGAGUCUACUGGAGCAGCUGAAGGCUGAGGCCAGUCUGGAUGUAGACUCAGAGGGUUUCUCCAGUGGUUUUGACAGCAUACGCUCCUUCGGCCUGUGUGAGGAUGAGGAAGUGGAGAUUGAGGUCCAGGAGGACUUCAUGUCAUUUGAUACAGAUUUGGUGGCAGAGCAACUGACCUAUAUGGAUGUGUUGUUGUUCAAUAAGGUGAUUCCUCACCACUGCCUGGGCUCCAUCUGGUCCCAGAGGGAUAAGAAACAGAACAUACACAGUGCUCCCACCAUCCGUGCCACCAUCACCCAGUUCAACGCUGUGGCAGCGUGUGUGGUCAGCACCAUACUGCACCGACGCCAGAUCCACCCGCUUCUCAGGGCACGGGUCAUCAAGCGCUGGAUAGACAUCGCUCAGGAGUGUCGCAUGCUUAAGAACUUCUCCUCGCUCCGUGCCAUUGUGUCUGCACUGCAAUCCAACCCACUCUACAGACUGAAGAGGGCCUGGUCCUGGGUGCCCAAAGACAGCAUGUCUACGUUUGAGGAGCUAUCAGACGUCUUCUCACAUCACAACAACUACCUGACGAGCCGAGAGCUGCUGAUGGGGGGAGGGCACCUCUAAGUUUGCCAAUCAGGUAGGCUGUGUUAAGGAGCACCAGAAACACACUCACAAACGAUUCCAGAGGAAAAAUGAAAUGGUGAGCUCUUCAACUUUGAGAAUAGGUGACAGACUGUUCCAGGGAGUUGACUCCUCAGCAGCCAGUUCCCCGUUGAGUGAAACACAGCCUGGCCCGCCCUGCAUGUACUGUCGCUUGGUCUUCCUAUUGGCCAUGUCCCUUGCCUAAAACACCCAGGCCUCCUGCAUCAUCCUAGUAAGCCUGUGUUAUGCCAUGAACACCUCAGCCAACUUUGACUUCCUGCUGCACUGCUGUACAGUGCUCCAGCCCCCCCCAGAUAUGCUGGGAGACUGACAAGGACCAAACAUGGGGAAUGAGUUCAAGUCAAUGAGGUAGACUCUGAAUUACCUAUUCCCUUGUCCCCAAUCGGACCCCCACUGCUGUGCCCCCCUCCCCCACACCAGUAGCAGACUGUGGCCUUCCUGUCCACUGUGUACCACGUGGGGCUGCACCUCAUUGUGAGCUGUGUGAUAGGUUACUACUUGGUUUUAACAAGUUAUUUCCUUUUUAAUAUUGUCUAGCUGUCCUAUCUCACCUCUAUGGUGUAGUGACACAUAAGAUGGGGCUCUAUGUGAGGCCCGGAUUGCGCUGCCUGACGCAUUGAUUAGCAGUCCUAAUAGAAAUACAUUUCUUAGUGUUUGGGUGACUUCGGGAGGAGGGAAGUAGAUGGAAUGAGUGACCUAAUCUUAAACUCUUUUCACCUCAGAACAAAAUGGAGUAUAAUUUAGUUUCUCUUUGAUUCGUUUUUUUUUUUUACAAGGCAGAAAACCGUGUCACACACAAUGAACAAAUCAUUAGGAACAUCUCUUUCCAUGACACUGACCAGGUGAAUCCAGGUGAAGGCUAUGAUCCCUUAUUGAUGUCACCUGUUAAAUCCACUUCAAUCAGUGUCGAUGAAGGGGAGGACACAGGUUAAAGAUAUUUAAGCCUUGCAAUAAUUGAGAGAUGGAUUAUGUGUUUGCCACUCCGAGGGUGAAUGGGCAAGACACAAAAAGAUUUAAGUGCCUUUUGAAUGGGCUAUGGUAGUAGGUGCCAGGCACACCGGUUUGAGUGUCAAAAACAUCCCUGUGGUACACUUUCAACACCUUAUAGACUCCAUGCCCCAACAAAUUGAGGCUGGUCUGAGGGUAAAAUGGGGUGCAACGCAAUAUUAGGAAAGUGUUCCUAAUGUUUUGUACACCAGUGUAUGUCAAUCAAACUUGUAGAGGGUGACUGAGGACGUUUUUAAAUUGUAUGUUAAUUCCGAUUCUGUUCAGCCUGUCAACGUGGCUGAAUGUGGCCGUGGGUCAGCAUUUUAGAGCCCUUUUCUUGGUGUCACUUUUUUUUAUUUUAAAGUUCAUUUCUUACAAUUGUAGCUACACAUUUUUCCAUGGAGCUUUGAGAAAAUGUUGCGGUUUGAAAGUUUAUAAACGGCGUUUGUACAUUCAUCACUUGUUUUCAAGGAUUUAUACCAGAACUGGUGCUUGUUAAAAAAACAAAUGUUGUUGCAAUUUAUAAGUUGAUGAUAAUUUUGUGAAGAGAAACAACUUUGUGCCGAAAGAGGAACUAUGUUUCUGGUUUCAUUUUAACCAAGUGAGUUUGGCGUGAUACAGCCUCAUUAUCUACAUGAGUGCCUCCCACCAGGGGGUAAGGAAUAGUACGUUUCAUUUCAAACUUUGAGCAGUGAAAAUCUGCGUAGCAGGCAAAAAAGAAACCGCCCAUUUUGAACAAUACGACAUUUACGUAUUGCGUUGUACUCUAUUUGCAGGAACUGUAAUGUGUGCCGAACCUCUUACAGGAUGUUCAGUUGGAAAUGUACUGUGCAGAACAGACUGUCAUUCAGAAUAGACAUGCCCGUUCUUACAUUACUUUUCUAUCUACAACAUUCUGAACAGCCAGCUCCCUGUGCACCGAGCCUCACCCAAACAAACACUCACCCCCAAUAGUUUGUCACAGACGAUAUGAAUUACAUUUUCACACUAGCCCACACUGACACUAAUUCAGUUCCUCCUGUGCCGAGGCCUCUACACACUGACACCCACCCCCCUUUUAACGGAAUCCCACAGAUACCAUCUCUCCCACACUGCCUAACCAGCAUUAACACCUCCACCUGUCUAACCCACACAGUGAAACUGGUCCCUACUGUGGUCCCUACCAUAUACACUCCUACGUUUCAUCUAUUCUCUCCAUCAUUCUGUAAUACUGACAUUCUGGCCAUCUCACUGAGCAGUGUACUGGACUGUUAUUGGUCAUUCGGUACUAAAUUUGAUGUACUGUGGUCGAUUCUCCCUGUGUUGAUUCUCAUGCAACACUUGUGAAUUUUCUCUAAUGAACUCAGUUUCUGUGUGUCUUCACUGCCAAAAUUCUCUACCUAAAUAAAUGAUCAUUACUAUGAUGUUUAUUUGUUCGACCCUUUAACAACUUAUAAGAUUUAGGGAGUUCCAAUUAUUAUUCUGGUACAAAGUAGUGUAACAAAUGGGUUAUUACAGUGUAAUUACCAUUUAUCUAUGUGGUCAUUUAUUUACCAUAAAAUAAAGUGCUACAAUGAGAAGUCCU